UGAGGACAUUUGUGCAAAUUGGUUGAAUGUUGUCUUAAAACCUCGCUGAAGUUCGAAGCGAGUUGGAGACGGGAGACGGGCGGACUUCUGCUCGAAGUCCGUGCCGAUGGAUCUCUGGCAGGUGAAAGGCGAGGCCGAAGAAGCUGCGGUAAGCCUAGAAGGGAAGAAGGCGAUCCUGGUUCCAUACAUGAGGGAGCACGUUCCGAAGUAUCACGAGUGGAUGAAGGACCCGGCACUGCUCCUUGCCACUGGAUCUGAGCCCCUCACGCUAGAUCAGGAGUACGAGAUGCAUCUUUCAUGGACCAAGGAUCCCAACAAGCAUACGUUUAUAGUGCUGGACAAGGAGUUGAUUAAGGGAGGCUUCCUCAAUGGAGAGCCCCAUAUUGAAGCUAUGGUUGGUGAUGUCAAUAUGUACAUGAAUGACCUAGAUGAUCUGCAGCUAGCGGAAAUUGAAAUCAUGAUUGCUGAACCAAAAUG